AUGGGAGAUCAACCUUCUUAUGUCGCGUUUUUCGGUGCCAUGGGAGCAACUUCGGCCAUUGUGUUUAGUGCCCUAGGAGCAGCAUAUGGGACAGCCAAAAGUGGAACAGGAAUCGCUGCCAUGAGUGUGAUGCGCCCAGAACUGAUUAUGAAGUCUAUAAUUCCAGUAGUUAUGGCGGGUAUCCUUGCUAUUUAUGGACUCGUCGUGGCCGUACUUGUUGGCAAUGGAAUUUCUGACAAGUAUACUCUUUUCAAGAGUUUUCUAGAUCUGGGUGCAGGUUUGAGUGUUGGACUGAGUGGCUUGGCAGCAGGUUUUGCUAUUGGUAUUGUUGGUGAUGCUGGAGUCAGAGGAACAGCUCAACAGCCUCGUCUCUUUGUUGGAAUGAUUCUUAUUUUGAUUUUUGCUGAAGUUCUUGGUCUUUAUGGACUGAUUGUUGCUUUAAUCCUUACCACAAAGAGUGCUUAGAAACAGUGUUAAAUUCCCUCAUAACUUUUUGAAAUUGAACUUGAGCUAAGGCAUAUUUGCAGUCACUAAAACUGAUUUUUCAUGAAGACUGUUGAUUUACAUGGGUGUCCUAGUUAAUUUCUCUGUUUGUGUUGUUAGGUUCUUCACUAUGAACACAGUGUUGUCCUAAUUUCUUUGCUUUGCUUUACAUAGCUAUGUUAGACCUACAGCGAGUAUGAUCAAGGUAAUAGCCCUCUAUGCAUGUUCAUAUUAAAAAAGCCAAGAUGAAUCCAAGCCCUGCUCUCAAGCUGCAGACUGGUGAAGUGUGAUGAGAGAAUAUUUGUAGAGCACUGAUAAUGAAGGAAUAUCUACACUUAAAGGCAACAAGAGGUUGUCAAGGGCUCAAAAAUGGAGAAUUUUUGAAAAUUACAUAAUCAUGCAUAAAAGCUUUUUAAAUGCCAAUUCUAAUCAACCAUAAGGAAGCACAAAACAUUCCAAAUAGAGCUAGUGAAUUUGUUUUUGCUAGGAAGACAGUGUUCUGGUAAACCUUUAGUUUGUUACUUUUGUACUUAAGCUAGUGACACCACCAACAGUAUACUCUAAUUAUUGUUGUUAUUUUAAAUUACAUGAGUAUCAGCAAGCGCUGAAAGUGAUGAAAUUCAAAUUUUAAUUAAGAAAUGUGAAAUGCAUGAGGUGUUUCUCACCUAGGAAGUAAAUUCCUUGAUUAGGUCUGAUUGAUUGGUUCCCUAGGGAAUGUUUAUACUUGAUGUUGCAAACUUGUGGUUUUUCAGCAACUUCAAUUGGUAUUUUCUUUUAGAUCAACUGAGGUCUUAAAGAUUUUGGAGGAAUUAUGUCAUAGUGAAAAAAUUUUUGGUUGGAAUUUUUGUUUGUGUGGGAAAUGAAGCCUAUCAUACAAGAACAGUGACUCAUUAUAAAUCGUAUGGCAUGCAUGUGAAGUAUGUAAAAAGCCUACUAGAAAAUGAGUCAUUAAAUUGUCUUAAAUCUUU